AUGGAACUAUUAGUUUCAUGGGUUGUUAAUGUUCAUACAGUUAUGACCGGUGAGAGGGCUUGGUUUAGUGAACUUCCUAAUUGGUUGGAGUAUAGCGUAGCAAAAGAUGCAGCAUUUUGUUUAUGUUAUUAUCUUUUCAAACCCGAUAUUGGAGAUCAAGUUGGCGAUGAUUCUUUUGUUGGUGAGGGUUUCUCAAAUUGGAAGAAAAAAGAAAAAAUUCAGACUCAUGUUGGAGGUCCUAAUAGUGUUGAUAAUCAAGUUUCGAGACUUGCAUUUCGUGGGCAUGAUAAAUCUGAAAAUUCAAGUAACCAAGGAAAUUUUCUUGAGCUUCUGAAGUUUCUUACUGAUCAUAAUGAAGAUGUCAAAGUGGUUGCAUUGAGCAAUGCUCCACAAAAUCUCAAGUUGACAUCACUUGAUAUUCAAAAAGACAUUGUAAAUGUGGUCGCAUUUGAAACUAUCAAUGUGAUUAUUAGAGAUCUUGGUGAUGCACUUUUUUCUAUUUUGAUUGAUGAAGCCCGUGACAUAUCAAUCAAGGAGCAAAUGGCAGUUGUAAUACGAUAUGUUGACAAAAAAGGCCAAGUGAUUGAGCGCUUUUUUGGAUAUGAUGGGGCUAGUAAUAUGCAAGCACUUGUGGCCAUAGCAAAGAAUCAUAAUAAAAUUGCUUUACUUUUCACUUUGGUUUCUAAUGUGGUGAAUGUUGUUCGAGCAUCAUGUAAACACCGAGAUAUUGUUAGGGAGAAGCAAGCUGCAAAAGUUGCUGAGGCACUUAAUAUUGGAGAGCUAUCUAGUGGGCAAUGCUUAAAUCUCUUAAACAUGCAGAUGAUAAACGUUGGGGUUCAUACUAUGGAUGGUUCAAAUUCAGAACAACGAGCAGAAACAAAUGUAUUGUUAGACUUAAUUCAAUCAUUUGAGUUUGCAUUCAACCUUCAUUUGAUGAAAACGAUAUUGGCUAUUACAAGUGAGUUAUUGCAAGCACUUUAA